AUGGCGGACGACAACCCCCGAUCGGACCCGGUAACUCCAGACGAGUUUGCCAUGAGCAGUCCAACCUCACCCGCUUCCAUUGACGAGUCCUCGGAAGCCAGCACACCUCUUGACCCCCCCAGUUCGAGUUCUGAUGCCCAGCCGGGCUUUGGAUCGCCUUCCAGCGACCCACCCCGCCGUGUACCCUCUCUCAGAACGGUUUCCGAUCCUCAGGGCAGCGCGCACAUGAACCCGACUUCGAGUGUCGCUGGCAUUCUCAACAAUGCUAGGAGACCGCCACCAAGUGCUAACAGCCUGCCCAUGGACAUCAUGGCAAGAGCACGCGCAUUACAAGAGCAACGCAUGGGUAUGGCCCGGGCCAAUGCUGGUGCUUCCCCUAUGGGCGGCAUGAGUCUGAACAUGGGAGGCAUGGGAGGGUCAAUAUCAGGAGGGCCGAUGGGAGCGCAGAUGGGAGGACCGAUGGGAGGACCGAUGGGAGGACCGAUGUCGGGUGGCUUAUCGGGCGGGCUCAAGCUCCCCGGUGGCAUGGCCCGACCAUUGCCCCCUGGCUUUGCCAAGUCAGCUCCGGCUGUGCCGGGGACUGGACCAAGGAAGCCUCUAAGCUUGAGCGAGAGGAGGGCCAUGAAGAUGGGGAAUAUAUCAGAGUCAGGGACCCCUUCGCCGGCCGGUACACCCAAGCUGUCGGAUAUGAACCAGGGUGACGGGCCAAAACGGCCGUCUUUGAACGGAGAAAAGCACAGCUCGAAGCUUAUGGACUUCAAGAAUUACAUCGACGCCGAUAAGGGUUGGAUCACCUUCGAAGGGGCGGCGACGAUUACUCGCACGGGUGUCAACUUCGCCGGCGGGCAGACCUUUUCCAUCUCUUUGGACGAAAUCGACGUCAUGGAUGAACUCGGCAAGGGCAACUACGGCACUGUGUACAAGGUGCGCCAUGCCCGACCAAAAGCACCACGCUUUGGGCAAGGCUUGUCCCAUUUCAAGCCGCUUUCCCGCCAAUCCUCUCUGUCCGAGGAGGACGCCUCCGCCGAGUCGCCAUUAAGUCCAACCUCAAAUAGCGGGCGGACCACCUCUGGUGUUGUCAUGGCAAUGAAAGAGAUCCGACUCGAGCUGGACGAAGCCAAGUUUACGACCAUUCUCAAGGAGCUGGUUAUUCUCCACGAGUGUGUUUCCCCGUACAUCAUCGAUUUCUAUGGUGCCUUCUACCAAGAAGGUGCCGUCUAUAUGUGUAUCGAAUAUAUGGACGGUGGCAGUAUCGACAAGAUAUAUGCUGGCGGUAUUCCCGAGAAUGUCCUGCGGAAAAUUACCUAUGCCACGAUUAUGGGUCUCAAAAGCCUCAAGGACGACCACAACAUCAUCCAUCGCGACGUCAAGCCUACAAAUAUUCUAGUCAACACCAACGGACAAGUCAAAAUUUGCGAUUUCGGUGUCUCGGGCAACCUUGUGGCAAGUAUCGCCAAGACCAACAUUGGCUGCCAGAGCUACAUGGCUCCGGAACGUAUCAGCGGAGGCGCGAUGGCCGGUGCUGCAGAUGGCUCGUACAAUGUCCAGAGUGAUAUCUGGAGCUUAGGCUUGACCAUUAUCGAGUGUGCCAUGGGAAGAUACCCCUAUCCGCCCGAGAUCUCGAGCACCAUCUUCAGCCAGCUCAGUGCCAUUGUGGAGGGAGAUCCGCCAGACCUCCCCGACGAGGGCUAUUCCGCCUCUGCCAAAGACUUUGUCCGCUGCUGUCUCAAUAAGAUUCCUGCCAAACGUCACACCUACCCCAUGCUCCUCCAACAUCCCUGGAUCAAGGCCCUCGGCAAGCCCGAGACUAUCACAGAGGACGCCGAAGCCGAAGAUGCGGCCGCGGAUGACGAACUGGCGGACGCAGCGGGUGCGAUGAGCAUUGCCACCCCCUCAGGUCAUAUAGGACAAGGGGACUAUGAGGUGGCCGAGUGGGUGAAUAGUGUUUUGGACCGCAAGAAGAACGGGCUGCUGGGUGAUUUGGCAAACAAGCCGGCUUUGCACGCUGCACCGCUUGAUGCGGUGAGUCCUGCGGGCAGUCCAAUGACUGGCGCUUGA